CCGGACGAAAAUAUCCGCGCCACUCCAUGAAAGCCCCACCGUCCAACUGACACUGCCUUGGCUUGGCUCCUCCAUCUCCAAUCCCCCUGCUCCUCCAGUCCUCGCCAGUCACCAUGGGGAUGGCUAUGACCUCCUCCCCGCAGCCACCGCCCCCCUCGCGCCGCCGCCGCAGCCGCUUGCAGUCAGCAACCACCAUUUCCGCCCCAAAUGCCAACCCCAACCCCAAGGCCAAGGCCAAGGUCAUCCCCGUCCUCUCCGACGUUGGCCGCUUGCAAUCCGCAACAUCCACUUCCACCCCCAAUGGCAAUCCUAACCCCAGCCUCAAGGCCAAGGUCCUCCCGCUGCUCUCCGACGUCGGCAGCAAUCCCUCGGCCAUCGAGUACUACUCCCGCGUCGCCUCCAACCUCGCGGGCGCUGGCCGCCUCGGCGACUUCCUCAUCGCCGCCGAGGGCCUCCGCGCGGCCUCCGGGGACGCCGGCUUCGCGGCCCGCAUCAGCUGGCGCGUCCUCUCGCGCGGCGUUGUCGUCGCGCUCGGUCAACACGGCCUCCCCCACGUGCUCGAGUUCCUCCGCGACGCCGAUCGCAUCGGCCUCCACGCCGCCGCAAUGCUAGAUGCUGAUGCGUCCGACGCCGUCGCGGCUGCCUGCCGCCAACUGCUGGAAGAACGCAUCAUGACGGAGUUUGUGAAGGCCAUCGAGGACCUAGCUAACUGUGGAUUCUUUGUUAAAGGCAUCGUGGAUCCAAUGGAUGUACUGAAAAUAUUUGUCAAGAAGCGGGAUCCAGAUAUGGCGAUAAGGUAUGCACGUAUCUUUCCACACUCCCAACUUCUACUCUGCAAUACUAUGGAAGCUUUUGGGAAGAGAAAGGAGUUGAAACAUGCUCUAAAAGUCUUUGGAGCACUCAAGGACCAGUUGGGAGGUAUCAAUAUGUUUGCAUGCCGAAGUAUCAUCGAUAUAUGUAGUCAUUGUGGUUCUUCUGUGCAGGCUCGGAUUAUAUUUGAGGGGCUGCUUGCUGAGAAGAUUACUCCAAAUACCCACGUCUUCAACAGCCUUAUGAAUGCAAAUGCCCAUAGUUUGAGCUACAAUUUGUCGGUCUACAAGCAUAUGCAAAAACUUGGUGUCUCCCCUGAUUUAGCGUCAUAUAACAUACUUCUGAAGACAUGUUGCAAUGCUAGAGAGUUCGACUCGGCACAAGAAAUUUACGAAGAAAUGAAGAAAAAGGAACAGAAUGGCCUUUUAAAGCUAGACGUUUUUACAUACAGUACGAUGAUGAAGGUGUUUGCAGAGGCAAAAAUGUGGAAGAUGGCUUCCAACAUCAAAGAGGAUAUGCGAGCAGUUGGUGCUCGUCUUAACCUAGUCACAUGGUCAUCAUUAAUCAAUGCUUAUGCAAAUUCCGGUUUGGUUGAUGGUGCCAUAGAGAUCCUUGAAGAGAUGAUAAGGGAUGGUUGUCAACCUACUGCUCCAUGCUUCAAUAUUAUCCUUACUGCUUUGGUCAAGUCACGCCAAUAUGAUAGAGCUUUCCGCUUGUUCUAUAGCUGGAAGGAAUCUGGAAUCAGGAUAUCUCUAUCUCUUGAGCAGAAAGGAUGUCUUCCUGAUAACUUUACAUUCUGUAAAGAGCAUCCGAGUAGCAAUGGUGGCACUAUCUUGGAGGUUCCGUUUAGGCCAACAGUUACAACCUAUAACAUUUUGAUGAUGGCCUGUGGUACUAAUGAUGAACGUGCAAGAUCCAUAAUGAACGAAAUGAGGCGAAAUGGCCUUUGUCCUGACCGUAUUAGCUGGUCCAUUCUCAUGGAUAUUUAUGGAACAUCUCAAAAUAGGAAUGGAGCUAUUCAGGCACUCAGAAGAAUGCAGCGUGUUGGAAUAAAACUUAAUGUCUCUGCAUAUACUGUAGCCAUUAAGGCAUGUGUAGAAAGCAAAGAUUUGAAUACGGCAUUACACUUGUUUGAAGAAAUGAAAGCACACCAACUGAAGCCCAAUAUGGUGACAUACAGAACUCUCCUGACAGCACGUUGCAAAUAUGGAUCAUUACAGGAAAUCCAGCAAUGCUUGGCAAUCUAUCAGGAAAUGAGAAAAGCAGGGUAUCAAGCAUACGACUAUUAUCUCAAGGAAUUGAUAGUGGAAUGGAGUGAAGGAGUUUUGUCUAGUGAAAGUGUAAAUCGAGAGUUUUACCGUUUGGAUCUAAAAGACAAGAGGGACAAAUUCAACCUUUUUCUUGAGAAAGUGGCAAGAUUUUUGCAGAAAGAUGUUGAUCAGAACCAAACUGUUGAUAUUCGUGGCCUUUCAAAGGUUGAAGCUCGCAUUGUCGUUCUUUCAACUCUGCGCAAGAUCAAAGAGAAGUGUCAUCUAGGAAGAGCAGUCCAGGAUGAUUUGGUCAUAAUCACCGGUCAUGAGAAGACAUCAUACACUCAUGUCGAAACUACUGCUGUCGAUGUCGAGCGUGCAAUAAUUGCUGUUUUGACGGAUGAACUGGGUCUUGAAGUUUUUAUUGGUCUUGAAAGCCGUCUUCCUCCUAUUUCGUCCAAACUCAAAGCUUCCCCUCACGCUAGGAAUGACUUAGAACAAGCAUCUAAACAUUUUGCUAGGAGACCACAGGGAAUGAUAAAAGUCACUACCAACUCACUGAAUCAUUGGUUGAAGAGGAAAGUUACGAGGGAUGUACAGUGAUAUUUCCUUAGGGCAUUCUUCAUUUUGGUCAAUUUAUACCUGCAAGAUGAUUUUGAGAUAGGAUGAUGUACAUACAACAGGCUAUUGCUAGGUUGCUCCUGAUGUCCCCCGGGACCCAGCACAAGACGGUUUGAGAAGGAAAGAUUUGUUGGCGGUCAAUGUAGCCUGAAAUGGCCCACGGUAUAUCUAGAUACCUGAAAAAAAAGAAGUAUAUCUAGAUACAUGAAAAAAAUUUGUGUUGUAAAUUAGUUGUAUCAGUUCUCUCAUCCGGGCACCAUACAGGUUUAAAUUUUGAAGUGUUGAUAAUUGCUGUAAUCGCCAAUCUUCCACAGCAAACGACAGAACAUGCUAACCCACACAAACUUGUGUUGGCUUA